AUGGGGAACGACAGUCUAACCCCUAAAAGUGCUGAUUUUCGGCUGGACGAGCUGCAGCAACAGCCGCAGCAACUGCAGCAGCAGCAGAUUCCACAGAGGGAGGAUGAGCCGCACCAGACGGAGCAGCAGCCGCUGAUCACGCCAGCUCAGCAGCAGCAGCGGCAGCAGCAGCAGCAGCUCCAGACAGAUGAAACUGAGGGCGGCAUCAGCUCCCAGCCACUUUCGAAAGGCCUGCGGCUUCAGAAGCAGCAACAGCUAGUUGACUCAGCAGCAGCAGCAGCAGCAGCUGGGGAUACCGUUUUUUGUGGCCUUGGAGCUAACACUGUAUCUCUUUCACGCAGCAGCAGCGCUGAUGAGGCAGCUGCUGCUGCAGUGCGUGCAGCUGCAGUAGCAGCAGCAGCUGCUGCUGCUGCUGAGGCGGCUGCAGCAGCGGCUGCGGAAGCAGCAGCAGCAACCGCUGCAGGCAUCCAGCAGCGGCCUCCCGCAGCUGUACAUGCAGCAAAUAAUCCAAGUGGUAACGGCAAUAGCAGCAGCAGCAGUAGCAGCAGCAGCAGCAACAACAACAGUCAUGGAGCAACGAGAACGAUCUCCCCCUUGAGGUCUCCGGAUGAUUUACAGCGGAGCUCCUCAUCUGCUGCUGCUGUUGCUGCUCUUGGGACUGUUGCUGCUUGGGGGCAAGUUUCGCCUAACAGCAACAGCAACAGCAGCAGCAGCAGCAGCAGCAUGCAGGCCACCGACAGCGGCUGCAGCAGAUCCACGAAUUCAUCUAGGCGCGUGUCGCCAGUGGCUGGCCUCUGCUCGGAGUCUGGUGACACUUUGUUGCCAACAGAAUCAGCAGUUGCCGCACUUCCUGCUGCUGCUGCUGCUGCUGCUGCCGUUGUCCCAGCUGCGCUGCAGCAGCAGCAUCACGACGUUGGCUCCACCUUUCCGGUGGGACAGUUGGUUACUGAGGGCUCGUUACCGGGCGGGGUCUCGUGCCCUGCCCAGCAGCAGACGCAGCUGCAGCAGCAGCAACAGCAAUUGCUGCAGCAGCAAGAGCUUUUGUUUCCGCUGCCAGAAGGAGAAACAGUCAGCAUUGAGUCGUGUGAAGGCAGCGUGCCUCAGCAGAUGCAGCUUUGCCUUGCUGCUGCCGACGUUUGCGCAUUUGUCGAAGGGCCGCCGCAGCAGCAGCAGCCACAGCAGCAGCAACAGCAGCAGCAGCAGCCCGCUUUUGCAAAAGAGGCACAGUUUGGUAGCCUAGAAGUUGAGCAGCAACAGGCUCAGGGCCUGCAGCAACAGGAGCAGCAGCAAGAGCUGCCGCUCCCGCUGCGGCUCAGCGAGCCACGAAGCAACGAGGAAUGCGUGGAUGACGAGAGUAUCGACCCUGAGAGCAGCAGCAGCAGCAGCAACAACCGCAGCAGCAACAACGGCUGCGGAAGCGAUGAGGAUGCAAGUAUGAGCGUCGAUGCAGAGGAAGGAGUAGCGGCUUCAGUGCAGCAGCUGCCUGCCCUAGCAGCAGCAGCAUUCGCGAGUGCUUCAGGGCCGCAGCAACAGCAGCAGCAGCUGCAGCAUUUGGAGCAGGAGCGGCUUCUGCUGCUGCAGGGGAGCCACUACUUGCAACACGAUCAUGCAGAGCCCUACGGCACUGUAGUAUCUCUUCAGGAGAGCAGCAGUGCCGGUAGCACAGCCUUUGAUGAACAGCAGCAGCAGCGGCAGCAGGAGCAGCACCUGCAGCAAGGUCUCGCGCUGCAGCAGCAGCAGGAAGAGUUCUUAAGGGAAGCGGAGGCUGCAGCGAAACAGCCCCUUGCCUUCGAGUGUAUGGACACCGAUUGCGACCCGUCGCAGGUCCCUCCUACUAGCUCGCAGCAGCUGCAGCAAGAGCAGCAGCACGCAGAGCAGCAGCAGCAGCAGCAACUGCCGCACGAGCCACAAGAGAGCAGCAUGGCUGGAGACACCGGCAACAGCUCGGACGCGAGAACACAGGCUGCGGAGGAGGCUGAAGUCGAGGAGCUGCUGCAGUACUACGGGGCCCCCAGGCCCUCGGACGCUCGUUACCAGCACCUGACUGCUUUGAUUUAUCUUCACUUCUUGAACUAUGUGGACCGCGGGUUCUGCGGAGAGGCUUCGUGCAGCGACUUGAGCCCCGACUGCCCCUUCGUAUUUGAUUUGGGGGACGCGAGACGCAGCAGCUACGGCACCGCAUCUCUCUUUGAUUUGUUCACUGCGCUGCUGCAGCGGUACGGAGCUGCUGCAGUUGAGGCUGUCUUUGCCUUGGUGGCGGUGCCGGUGAGGUUUACGCAUUACAUACAGUGCCACGUGCUUGGAGCCAAGCAGCAGCAGCAGCAGCGGCGGCAGCAGCAGCAGAAGGGGCAGUGCGGCUGUAGGUGCUCAGGCGGCUGUUACGGCCGCCGCAGCAGCAGCACCACCAGCAGCACCAGCAGCAGCAAGCAGGGAGCGCAGCAGGCACAGAUAUGCACAGGAGUUGUCCCCUGCUGCUGCAACGUCACAUUUCUUGCCCCACACCCUCCUGCAGCAGCAACUUGUGGCUGCUUGGGGGACCUGCCUCCCGCCUUUCCAGAGUCUUUGCGGCGUUUGCUGCCGCCGCGCCGCGACUCCGCAGGAGCAGCGGAUGACGAGGACAGCCCGACAGCAGCUGCGCAGGGCUGCUGCGGAGAGACAGACGAGCUGCAGCAGCAGCAGCUGCAGCAGCAGGCGCUUCACUCGUCUGCGACGAGCACAUGCGACAGCAGCAGCUGCAGCCGCCGCUGUAGCAACAGCAGCACCGCGUGCUGCUGUGCCAGCAGCGCUGGAAGGUUGCGUCUUCGAGACAAGGGGAGUCCGACCGAAAGCGUGAGCAGCAGCGGCGACUGCUGCUGCAGCAGCACUAGCUGCUGCUGCUGCUGCAACAGCCGCUGCAGCAGCCCCGUGCUGUUCACGGCCCGGGACGUGGCGCGGCGCUCCUACACCGUGUACGACUUCUUGAUCUCUUGCCUCGGAGAUGGUUUUGCUGCUUUCUUUCCUGCGGACUGUCCCCUCGCAUGCAUGCGUUUGUCCACAGCCAGCGACGCCACCUUCCGGUCGCGGGGCCCCGGGGGGGCCCCCACAGACGCCUGUCUCUUUUUUCGGUCUUUUCUGGAUAGGUUUGCUGGAGUUGCUGCUGCAGCGCUGCUGCAGGGGCUUCACCCCGCCACCUGCAGCAGAGGCAGCAACCCCUAUCACAUCACAAAGCUGCUGGAGCUGCUGCUUUUCUGCACCAACGGGUCCAUAGAAACCCUGCCUUCACACGUAGUUGUGGCGCACCCGGGAGACACUGGCGGCGGCGCUGCUAGUACCAGCAGCAGCAGCAGCAACAACAGCAGCAGCGGCAACGGGAGCAGCACAAGCAGCCUAGGACAGCCGCAGCAGCCUGAAGAGGAGAGGGAGACUUUCCUGCCGGCGGUGUCGAAGGACAACGAAACUGCAGCAGCAGGUGCUGCUGCUCUGGCGGGGUCGCCAGUAGCGGCAGAGUCAGCAGCAGCAGAGUCUGGCAGCAGCAACUCGUACGCCUGCAGCGCUAUAUCUCUUUCAGAGGUUCUGCGGCACUUGCUGCUGUCUCUGUCCUUCCCCUCCUCUCAGGAGCUGCUGCUGCGCAUCACCGGCAGCAACAGCGCAUGCGUGGGGCCUAUCGGGGCACCCGUGCUGCAGGCGCUGCUAGAAGGCUGCAGCUGGAGGGCCUUUGUUGCUGCGCUCUUGCGGCAGCGGCACUUCGACAGGCGCGGCAGUUUGCUGCUGCAGCUCGUCAGUGAAGGGGGAGGAGCCAAGUGCGCUUGCAGCAGCAACGCCAACAGCGGCUGCUGCUGCUGCUGCAGCAGCUGCACUGGACAGUCGCAGCAACAAGAUCUGCAGCGGCACCAACGGUGCUCGCAUAUGAACAGAGGCAGCAGUGCUCAGCGACGCUCUUCUGCUGCAGCUCAGUUACAGAAUGCUGUUGCUCGCUCCCGCCGGGCCCGCAGACAGCAGGGGGAGCAGCCGCUUCGCUGCAGCAGCAGCAGCAGCAGCGGGGAGAGCAGCUGUGUGCAGUACGCACCAGCUGCCUUCUCUGACCCUGCCACCAGCAGCAUGAAGCACCUCCGCAGCAGCCUGGUGGCGCCGCUCACGAGCUGCUGUUCUUGUAGAGGGGGCACCCCUGGCUCUCGGCGGCUGAUCCGUGCUGCUGUCAGCAGCAAGGCCGAGCGCCUGCUGCUGCGGCGUGAGCUGCACCAGCAGCAGCGGCAGCAGAAGCGAAAGCAGCAGCACGGCGAAGGCCACCACCAGCAACAGCAAAUGCGGAGCCUGCAUGCGACUUCUGGCGGGAGCCUUUCGGGCUGGAGAACAAAGGCAGCCCGCAGCAGCUGCGGCGGCGGCAGGGGAAGCAGACGCAGGCCAUCAUCUGCUGCUAACAGCAGCUCGGUUUCGCCGUCGUCGCGGCGACGCCUGUUCAGCGGCCAUUCUGCGGAGGCGCCCCACCAGGCGCAGCAGCAGCAGCAAAUGCUGCAGCAGCAGCUGUGCCCAUCUCCUGCCAGUGAGCUGCUGCACAAUACUCUGCAGCUAACUCGUAGAGGAGUCAGCAGCGGCGGCGGCCCCUCCGUUUGUGCUGCUGCUCCUGCAGCGGCUGCAGGCCGUGCUGGCUCAAGUCCCCCGGAAGCGCGCAUCCAGGAGGCUGACCGCAGGCAACAGAACAGCAGCAGCAGCAGACAACACAUGCAGCAGCAACAGCAGCAGCAAGUACAAUCACAGCAGCACCGAAUAGCUCGGGCGCAUGCAGAGGUGCGGCGGCAGCGGCGGCAGCAGCAGCGGCUGGCGGAAUACCGGCACCGGUUUCCCCAUUUAGUUUACUCAGAUACAGAAGCAGCAACAACAGUCCCGCUUCAUUCUUGCCCAGCGACAGCAGCAGCAACUGAGACAAGCGCCGCAGCUAGCAGCGGGUCUGCAUUGGGAGCAAGCGCAGCAGCAGGAGAUGCUGGAUCGUGGGGUUGGGGCGUCGUAGGGCCACCCCCUGGGGGCCCAUUAUACCCGCUGCACUUCCACUUGUGGGCCCUCCACGUGAAGCGGCGUUAUCAGCAGCAGCAGCAGAAAGCUGUUCUUGCCGCAGCUGCCGCUGCUGCAAGGAGACGCAGCUCAGCCUGGGCUUCUCCUCUUAGCUGCGCUGCACCACUGUUCUCCCAGCAGCGUAGCAGAUGGCAGGUGCAGCACGGGACCGUUGCUGCAGCAGCUGCCGCUUCGGAGGCGCGAGAGGAAGUAGAGUGGGGCCCCAGCUCUGCAAAACGGCCCCUCCCGUGCAGUGGUAGUUUGGAAGGGGAGGAGAUUCUCCUUUAUGUGUCCGCUGCUCCUCCUGCAGCGGCAGACAGCGCGGCAGCAGCUGGAGAGAGCGGUGCUGCAGCGCCUCCAGCUGAUAGCAGCAGCAGCCGCCGGCGCAGCAGUAGCAACGGCAAGAUCACCAGCAGAGUGCAGCGCGAGCAGUGGGCUGUCACCGCCUUACAUAGCUCUGAAGGCUCCCAGUCAUCAUUCCUUGAACAGAGUGCAGCUGCAGCAGCCGCAGCAGGCGCGUCGGCUGCUGCUACUGGCGUUAAUGUGCCGCUUCACAACGAGCCAGCAGCAGCUGCUGCAGCUGCUGCUGCAGCAGCUGCUGCAGCAGCUGCUGCAGCAGCUGCUGCCCAUUCUCAGUUGGAGGGCAUGGAAGAAGAGAGGGAGGGAAGCCGUUCUUCUUGCUUGUCGAGUGUCUACACCACUGAGGCCUCCUCAGAUGCCUCUCCUGUCUGCGGAUCUCCCGAUAUAUCUUUGCCUUGUGCUUCUCCGCUGCCUUUUCAAAGUCAGGAAGGCGAUCCUGCUGCUGCUACUGGCGCUUCUGCCAGCUGGAGGCGAGGCACCAACUCGCACACGGCGACCAGCAGCAGCAGCAGCAGCCGCGCGCAGGUUUCGCUGUUUCCCCCUGCAUCAGUGGUGCCGCUCUCUGUGCUGCGGGAGGCAGCACUGCCCUUAGCGGCAGCUCACCCCAGCAACUUCUUGAGCCUAGAUGAACACGUGCCUUUCUUUGUUAGGCUGCUGGAGGGCGCCUACAAACAUCCUGCAUGCAGACCCCCAGGAUGCACAGGCCUAAACGUGCCUCGCCCGGGAGUUAGCGAAGCCGAGUUUCAGCUCUGGAUGCAGCAGAAGCUGCAAGAGGGAACGACAGACAUGGCGGAGGUUUACGGCGACCCCACAAUGGAAAUGUCUGCGCACAAGGUGCUGCUGGAGGAGACUUUCAUCAAGUCUGGAUUCAUUUCAGGAGUCGUGCAGAGCCUCAUAAGAAAGAGAAGCCGCCGAGCCUGUCUGCAGCUGCUGGCGGCCAUUGGCGCCCACGCGCAGCCCUUUCGUUGUCUUGCUGUCUUCCACGCUGAGGUGGAGGCACAGUUGCUGCAGACCCCACUUGCCCUUGUCUCCGCACUGCUAUGUUGUAUUCCCAAGGGGCCAUUAGGCCGCUUGGGUGUGUCCUUCAUUGCAGCCAUCGAUGCGCUGCAGCAGCUAGUGGGUGUGGUGCCUGCGCUGCUUGAGCACUUGACUGUAUCACACUGGCAAGGGCUACUGGAGCUGUUCAUCACGCGGAGAUCGCACCACAUAUUUGCCUCCAAGCUUUUGUGCAUACUCAGGAGGGCUCUGGACUUGGGGUCUGAGGAGAUGCACCGCCGGCUACUUGCAGACUGUCGCUUGCUGGACCGUUUGGACCACGCAGUGUCUCAGUACCGCCAGAGUCACAGCCAGUCGAAGAGGCAGCCAGCUGACGGCCUGGGGCCCAUUGUGGAUCUUUUGAUUCACAUGAGCAUACAUGUGCAGCUUGAUGGUGUUGUGCCGGCUCUUUGCCCCUCUUCUCCUUCCUCUGGUAUGAACACCCCUCGCUUGGGGCCCUGCACCCCGCGUAGCAGUAGCCAGCAGCAGCAGCAGCAGCAUACGCUAGCUUUGAAACUCUUCUCCCCAAGGAGUGGCGGAUUCGAUGCUGCCAACCCAGCAGCAACGGCAGCAACAGCAACUGGUGCUGGUGCGAGUCCUGUAACCGUCACAGCAGCAGUUUCGACGGUGUCCCCAGCGGCGUUGCUGCACUCUUUGCUCCCAGUAAUUCCCAUCCUUCCUCCAGCAGCAUCAUCAGCGCCAGCUGCAACAGCAGCAGCACCCGCUGUUCCGGCUGCUGCUGCUCCAGAGAUGGCACCCGCUGAAGGAGGCGUGCAUGCUGCAGACACAGUUGUGGACUUGCCCAAGGUCUCCUUGCCUCUCACUCCACUUGUGCGCCUUGUUGCGGAGGACGAACAGCAGCCGCAGCUGCAGCAGCAGCAGGAAAGACGCGAAGGCCUUGAUGGGAUGGCACGACAAGCAGCCAGGACCUCCGCCAACCCACAUACAGCAGCAGGUGAGCUGCAGGUGGCAGCAUGCAUGAGGCCAAGUGGGGACAACCCCAGCAACAGCUGCAGCACGGAAACUUCUGCCUCCCAGCAGCAGCAGCAGCUGUCACAGCAGCAACAGCACGAACCUGCAGCGGAGAGCUCCUCUGAUGGGGCCUUGGCUUUGUGGCGCACCGGAGGAGGCGUCUCGCGUGACAAUCGCCACCAGGCACUGAACAGCGCCAGCAGCGGCAGCAGCAGCAGGAGCUCAGCUGUUUCACAACCUCUAACGCCGCGGCCCCAAUCGCCUGCAGCACGAUCGCCAGCGCAAGCAGGAACAACAUCUCCAGCAGCAGCGUAUGAUACCUGUGCAGAGGGUCAUGUGGCAGCUGUCGUCCACUUUAGAGGGUCUGAAGGGGUGCAGCCGAUGGAGAUUGAUUUUGACCACUUCUCCCCUCCUGUGUCACCAACGGCUGCCACCACCACGCAAAACGUGCGGGCGGCUGGAGCGCAAACUACUGAGGCUUUCGUCGCCACCCCGCCGACUCCCCAGCCGCUGAUUACUGAGGAGGGGUCAACGCAGCCCUGCAGCAGCAGCAGCAGUAGCAGUCCACGCCGACUGUCUCCUCCCCAGCCAGUAUCAGCAGCGUCUGCAGCAGAGCAGCCACUUUCCGUAGCAGCAGCGACGGCGGCAGCACCCUCAGCAGCAGCAGCAUCAGCAGAAGCUGAAAGCGUGCAACUGUCUCCCGUCAGCUACACGGACAGCAGCAGCAGCGACGGCAGCAGCAGCGAUGGCAGCAGCAGCGAUACCAUUAGCAGCAGCAGCGAUACCAGCAGCGAAAAAGACAGCGCGAGGCGCUGCCUCGAUGUGCCGGGGAGCCACCAAGGGGCACCGAUGACUUACGUGACUCAGUUUUUGCUGCAAUCUCGCAAAUGGCAAAAGUUGCAGCGUUUUAUAUCGAAGCAGCGGAGGGGCCCCUUCUUGGAUCUGACAGACCCAAACAACUUCAUGCCAGUAGACGAGGCUAGGCGGGUAAAGGAAGAAAGGAAAAGGCAAGAGAAACUGCAACAUCAGAGAGAGGGCAAGCAUCGGAAGAGCAAAUCUGAGAAAAAACGCAAGAAAGAGGGCAGCCACCACUCGUCCCAUGGUCACACACCCCGUGUGGUGUUGCCGCCUGAGCAACUUGGUGAGGCCGACGAGGGUCCUCAGUUUAGGCAGGCAGAAGCAAGCCUUUUUAAUACGCAGCCGCUAGGGGAUGGAAAUCCGGGAGACAUGCAGCCGCUGCGACAGCUGCAGCAGCAGCAGCAGCCAUGGAGGUCGUAG